AGAAAACGCUGACCCUUGACACCGCCAGAAACUUUCCCAGACUUGGCCUCCAUUGGUAGAAGGAGUCGCCCCACUCACGACGGGCGCCCCACGAGAGUCCCGGAGGCAGGCGGAGUUGGGGGCCUGAAGGAUUAGAAGGAUAGAGUCCCUAUCCCUCGGUCGGAAGAGAUUAGAAUCUGGGCAGGACGUGUCCAAGCUGGAGUCUUCAGAAAGUAGGUGCAGCAUCUGCGGCUCCUGGUGUCCAGCCCUCAGAUUUUAUAACAUUCAAGAAGCACAUGAAAGACGCCUCUCAUCAAGUAUUCUUGAUUAAGUUAUGAAAAUGGAAUUGAAGCUUAUUUUCCACCUUUGUAUGGAGACAUUUGGUAAUGCCUCAAGAUGGUUUGGCCUGUCACAACUGGAGGCAGUGGGUGCAAUAUGGGCAUUUGGGGAGUAGAAGCCAGGGAUGCUGCUAUUCAAGAUGCACAGGACAGCUCCCCAAAAUAAGGAGUCCACUGGUCCAAAGAGUUUUAUAAAUGGACACUGACAUGGACUACGAAAGACCCAACGUUGAAACCAUCAAGUGUGUGGUUGUGGGAGACAACGCCGUGGGGAAGACACGCUUGAUCUGUGCCAGAGCGUGUAAUACGACGCUAACACAGUAUCAGCUGCUGGCCACCCACGUGCCUACCGUGUGGGCGAUUGACCAGUACCGAGUGUGCCAGGAGGUCCUGGAGCGAUCCCGGGAUGUGGUUGAUGAAGUGAGCGUUUCUCUCAGGCUUUGGGAUACUUUUGGCGAUCAUCACAAAGACAGGCGUUUUGCAUAUGGCAGGUCUGAUGUUGUGGUCCUCUGUUUUUCGAUCGCUAAUCCCAAUUCCCUAAAUCAUGUGAAAACCAUGUGGUAUCAAGAAAUCAAGCACUUUUGCCCUCGCACACCUGUUGUUCUAGUAGGCUGCCAGCUAGAUCUCCGCUAUGCUGAUCUUGAAGCUGUUAAUCGAGCCAGACGCCCUUUAGCGAGGCCCAUAAAGAGAGGGGAUAUUCUGCCCCCAGAAAAAGGCCGAGAGGUUGCUAAGGAGCUGGGCAUACCAUACUAUGAGACGAGUGUGUUUGACCAGUUCGGAAUCAAGGAUGUGUUUGACAAUGCGAUCCGAGCUGCACUGAUCUCCCGCCGACACCUGCAGUUCUGGAAGUCUCACCUAAAGAAAGUCCAGAAGCCUUUGCUUCAGGCACCAUUCCUACCUCCAAAAGCCCCUCCGCCAGUCAUCAAGGUUCCAGAAUGUCCCUCCAUGGGGACAAGUGAAGCUGCCUGUUUACUGGACAACCCUCUGUGUGCCGACGUCCUGUUCAUCCUUCAGGACCAGGAGCACAUCUUUGCACAUCGAAUUUACCUCGCUACCUCCUCUUCCAAAUUUUACGAUCUUUUUUUAAUGGAAUGUGAAGAAACCCCAAAUUGGAGCGAAGGAGCUGGUGAGAAAGAGAAGCAGAGCCGGGAUUGCCAGGGACAAGCAUUGAGCCUUGACCCAGACGAAGAGCGGGAGGAAGGAACCCCGAGGACACCUCAGGCCAAUCAGUGGACGUCCUGGAGCCAGAACCUGUCCCAGCAGGAGAGCCUGGGGCUGGAAGGCGAGAGCUCGGUUCUGGAGACGCAGACCUUAUCAGGCUGGAGCAAGGGGUUCCUGGGCAUGCACAAGGAGAUGCAGGUCAAUCCCGUUUCAAAGCGGGUGGGCCCCGUCACUGUGGUCAGGAUGGACCCCUCUGUCCAGCCUGGCCCCUUCCGGACCCUGCUCCAGUUUCUCUACACGGGACAGCUGAAUGAAAAAGAAAAGGACUUGGUAGGCCUGGCUCAGAUUGCAGAGAUUCUGGAGAUGUUUGAUUUGAGGAUGAUGGUGGAAAACAUCAUGAAUAAGGAAGCCUUCAUGAACCAGGAGAUUACAAAAGCCUUUCACGUCAGGAAGGCCAAUCGGAUAAAAGAGUGCCUCAGCAAAGGGUCAUUCUCAGAUGUGACAUUUAGGUUGGAUGAUGGAGCCAUCAGUGCCCACAAACCAUUGCUGAUCUGUAGCUGCAAGUGGAUGGCUGCUAUGUUCGGGGGCUCGUUUGUGGAAAGUGCCAACAGUGAGGUAUAUCUCCCGAACAUAAACAAGAUGUCAAUGCAAGCGGUAUUGGAUUAUCUUUACACCAAGCAGUUGUCGCCUAACUUGGACCUGGACCCACUGGAAUUAAUUGCCUUGGCAAACAGAUUUUGCCUGCCACACUUGGUUGCACUUGCAGAGCAGUAUGCUGUUCAGGAGCUGACCAAGGCCGCAAUGAGCGGCGUGGGCAUCGACGGGGAAGUGCUCUCUUAUUUGGAACUGGCCCAGUUCCACAAUGCCCACCAGUUGGCCGCCUGGUGUUUGCACCACAUCUGCACCAACUACAACAGUGUUUGUUCCAAGUUCCGCAAGGAAAUCAAAUCGAAAUCUGCAGACAACCAGGAAUACUUUGAGCGGCACCGCUGGCCCCCUGUCUGGUACCUGAAGGAAGAAGACCACUACCAGCGCGUGAAAAGGGAACGAGAGAAGGAAGACAUUGCACUAAAUAAACAUCACUCGAGACGAAAGUGGUGCUUCUGGAAUUCAUCUCCAGCAGUUGCCUGAGGAGGAAGAGAAACAAAAAUUAGUAAUCUGACACACACUUUUAAAAGCACUACUGUAAAAUUAGUCCUAUUAUUAGAGAUAAAUUGUAGUUCGGGUUUCAGGCACUGAUCUUCCUCCACUUUUGUGCAUUUAUCUUUGUUGGGAUCAAAGCACAAGCCUCCCCUUCAAUGAGCCUGGACAAAAAGGGAAGUUGACGCUCACUGCAUUCCUUAAACUUCUAUGUAUAUUUUUUGUUAGAAGGCUUAAUAAACUUUAGUCCGUUA